GUCCAGCUGGGCCAGGACGUGAACCUGCAGGUGGAUUUCCACAAUCAAGGUGAAUACCCAAAAACCAUCCAGGCUCACCUGGCGGCCACCGUCAUCUUCUACACCGGAGUCAGAGCCAACAACCUGAAGGACCUCAACUUCACCAUCACCGUGCCGGCCAAUCAGGUGAAGAGCGAGAUGCUGAAGAUCACGGCUCAGGAGUACGUCCCCCUGCUGGCCUCCCAGCAGUGUCUGCGCUUUGUUGUGACCGGCACGGCCGACGACCAAUCAGUGAGCGCCAUCAAGGUGUUGGAGCUGCAGGCGCCAUCGCUCACGCUGACGGUGAGCGGCCAGCCUCAGGUGGGGAAGGAGACGUUUGUGACCGUCUCCUUCACCAACAACUUCACCUUCCCGCUGCUGGACGUCAGCCUGUCCAUGGAGGGACCCGGAGUCAUGAGCGACAGGUCACAUGAGUACAGCCGCAUUGAGCCUCAAGCCUCCAUCUCCUGGAAGGAGUCCUUCACCCCUCGACUGGAGGGAAACCGCUGCCUGGUGGCGGUGAUGGACUGCAGCAACCUGCGCCAG